AUGGAUCUGCCCGGGAACCUAACCACCUUCCUGUCCACCCCCCCACCUCUGGAGACCAACCUGAGCCUGAGCACGGAAGAGCCGCGCCCCAGCCCCUUCCGCCUCUCAGCCUUGGGCGUGCUCCUGCUGAUCCUGCUGGGCUGCCUGGUGGCGGCGACCUUCUCCUGGAACAUCCUGGUCCUGGCGACCAUCGCCCGCGUGCGCACCUUCCACCGCGUCCCCCACAACCUGGUGGCGUCCAUGGCCGUGUCGGACGCGCUGGUUGCCGCGCUGGUCAUGCCGCUGAGCCUGGUGCACGAGCUGUCCGGGCGCCGCUGGCGUCUGGGGCGCUGGCCGUGCCAGCUGUGGGUGACGUGCGACGUGCUGUGCUGCACCGCCAGCAUCUGGAGCGUGAUGGGCAUCGCGCUGGACCGCUAUUGGUCCACCACGCGCCACCUGGAGUACACGCCGCGCGCGCGCCGCCGCGCGGCCAACGGGCUGAUCAGGCCCCCGGCCCAGGAGCCCCGGACGCCGGCCCCGGGCGGUGGAGGCAAGGCCAGCUUCCAGGCCGAGGGCGACACGUGGCGGGAGCAGAAGGCCGCGGUGAUGGUGGGCAUCCUCAUCGGCGUGUUUGUCGUCUGCUGGGUCCCCUUCUUCGUCACGGAGCUCGUGGGCCCCCUGUGCUCCUGCGACCCCCCGGCCACCUGGAAGAGCGUCUUCCUUUGGCUCGGCUACUCCAACUCCUUCCUGAACCCCCUGAUCUACACGGCUUUCAACAAGAGCUACAAGGACGCCAUCAAGGGCCUCAUCCUCAAGCACCACUGA